UUUUCUGCCCUCACCGUUUGAGUCAGUGGUAGAGUCCAAUGACCCAUCAUGGCGUCGAUAGAAGAAAGCAGAGAGCCGGAUGCGUCGGUAGAAAACAUCGCCCCAGUCCCUAAAGUAGCGCUUACGUGGCGAGACAGACUAAGGAGUAUAUUAACAUGGAAGGUCCUCAAGAUGGUGCUGUUGGGCCAGACCCUGUCCUUGUUGAUCUGUGGGACAUCUGUCACCAGUACCCUGCUGGAGGCUAAGUACAAAGUCAGCACACCAACAGCACAGAGCUUCCUCAACUACAUCCUACUGGCUCUGGUCUUCAGCAUUCCACUAGUGCGUAGAAGUGGGGAUGACAACAUUAAGGUUGUAAUGAAGCAACGCUGGUGGAAAUACGUCAUCGUUGCCCUUAUUGACGUUGAGGCAAAUUACCUUGUGGUGAAAGCCUACCAGUACACCACUCUCACCAGUAUCCAGCUCCUGGACUGUGUGACCAUCCCCGUGGUGCUGGUCCUGUCCUGGAUAUUCCUCCACUCCAGGUUUAAGUGGGUUCACUACGGCGGCAUCGCUGUGUGUCUGCUGGGGGUGGGCAGCCUGGUGGGGGCUGAUCUUCUCAGCGGGAGGGACCAUGUUGGAGGCACUGACAAGCUGUUGGGAGACAUGCUGUGCCUGCUUGGCGCGGCGCUUUACGGUGUGUCCAACGUUGCAGAGGAGUACGUCGUACGCCACUUCACCAGGGUGGAGUUUCUAGGCAUGCUGGGAAUAUUUGGAAGUGUUAUCUGUGGGCUCCAGCUUGCCAUCUUGGAGAGACAUGAACUGGCAACAAUCCAGUGGACAUGGCAAGUUGGCCUCCUGUUUGUUGGCUUUGCCGUCUGCCUUUUUGCCCUCUACACCAUCUUCCCAACAGUCAUCAAAAUGAGCAGUGCCGUGGUGGUGAACCUGUCCAUCCUCACAGCGGAUCUCUACACACUUUUCCUUGGGCUCUUCCUCUUCCACUAUGUGUACCAUGGACUAUAUUUCCUGGCCUUUGUGCUGAUUGUAGCAGGCGUAGUUGUCUACUCUACCAAACCGACUUCAGAAGCACCGCCCAGAGACUACCAGGCCAUGCCCGGAGACAGCACAAGCCGAGGGGAGGAUGAUCCGGGCAGCCGCCAGCCUCUGACGGUCAGUGAGAACCUGGAGCAGGACAGACUGGAGGAGGACCAGGAGCAGAGACACAGGGACGCCAACAGGACCCUCGCUCAGGACCUGAGUGGAAGCCCAGUAGAUGUCAUGGUAUAGGGAUUGAAUAAUAUAGAAAGUGCCAGCUUUCAUUGUGGUCAUUGCUCACAAGAAAAAAAAAAAACUUCUCUAAGUGAGUCAGAACUAGUUGCGGAGACCAGGCAUUUGUACACUCCUCAAGUUACAUUAUUUGUUUGGAUAUGGAUGUUUUUUUGAAAUAGGUGUUACAGGCUAGUGCUGUCUACCACUAAGUACAUAGAAAAAUUAUGUAACUUUUCUCUUUUCAAGGAUUUGUUUGCAGACAUGUAAACACAUUGUUUCUAUCAUCUAUGGCAAGACUUCAUAAAAUAGUUUUGGAGGUCUAAGACUCGAAACAGAAUUUUAGGACAUCUAAACUAGGAUUGAUCUCUAAAAAGUUUAUGUUUAUUGGAUAAAAGGUACAGUAUGAUUAAAGUAGCUAUAGAAGAAAAGAAGAAAAAACCUGCAUGGGCAAAUAGUUUUAUUUUUCAUAGUAUGUUCAUAUACAUAAUCAUGUAAGCAGAGAUAGUGUGCAAUAUCAAAAUGUACGUGUCCACUAAACUUUUGCAUUGUUUCAGCACCAGCGAGCUGCCAUGGGAUCAGUAUUACUUUAAUAGGAACCCUUAACAUGCACACAUUGGGUUCAUUGUGAUUGUCGAACAACAUUUAAAAUGUUACCGACAUAUUUUUCUUUGAGACUUUUCAUCAAUGAUUCCAGACUAAUGUAAAAUUUUGUAGUCUAAAGGGGUAAUUAUCUUUGUAUUAUCAGAAUGAAAUGUCUGUAACAAAUUAUUACAUUAACUUGGACAGUAUUGACUUUUUUAGGUUUAGUAUGGUAUGGUGCGGUUUUGUAUGGUAUGGUAUGGUACAGGCAUUGUGCUCCUCAGUUUUGUCAUAGACAAGUUUACCUCAUUACUUAAAGAAUAAGGUAGUUGCUUGGAAGGAAGUAAGAAAGAUUCUGUUUUCAA